GACCCACCGCCCUCGUCAGCGUCCCAUCCUCCUAUUCUCUCCGCCGCCCACGAUGCCCUCCACCUUCACAUACCAGUUCAACACUCCCGUCUUCAAAGGCGACGUCGAGUUCUCCACCGGCCUCUAUAUCAAUGGCAAGUUCGUCGACGGUGCGAAGAAAUCGACCAUCGACGUCAUCAACCCCUCGACCGGCAAGCUGAUCGCCAAGGUCACCGAGGGUAGUCCCGCCGAUGUUGAUGACGCUGUCAAGGCUGCGCACCACGCCUUCGAGCAUACAUGGGGCCUAAACACGCCCGGUCGCGAGCGUGGCGUCUUGCUGAACAAGCUUGCGCAGCUCGUCGAGGACAACAUUGAUGCUGUCUCGGCAGUCGAGGCGCUCGAUAACGGCAAGACGUUUACCUGGGCCAAGAGCGACGUCCAAGCCGUCAUUUCCACGUUCCGGUAUUAUGGCGGCUGGGCUGACAAGAACCAGGGCAAAACUAUUGAGACCUCAGAUGCGCAACUCGUGUACACUCGUCAUGAGCCCAUCGGUGUCGUCGGCCAGAUUAUCCCAUGGAAUUUCCCCAUCCUGAUGCUUGCUUGGAAGAUUGGCCCCGCGCUCGCGACUGGUAACACAAUCGUGCUGAAGCCUUCCGAGUUCACACCGCUCUCCGCAUUGUUCAUUGCCAAACUUGUUGACCAAGCUGGCUUCCCACCGGGCGUCGUCAACAUCAUCAACGGAUACGGCAGCACUAUCGGCCAGCACAUCGCGGAGCACAUGGACAUCGAGAAGAUUGCGUUCACUGGCAGCACGCUCGUUGGUCGCAAGAUCAUGGAGGCAGCCGCCAAGUCUAAUUUGAAGAACGUGACGCUCGAGCUCGGCGGCAAGAGCCCAAACGUCAUCUUCGACGACUGCGACAUUGACGCCGCUGUCAGCUGGGCUGCAUUCGGUAUCUACUACAACCACGGGCAGACAUGCUGCGCGGGCUCCCGGAUAUUCGUGCACGAGAAGAUUUACGACGAGUUCCUGCACAAGUUCACGGAGCGGAGUCGGCAGAUCAAGGUCGGCGACCCUUUCGAGCCGGAAAUGUUCCAAGGCCCGCAGGUGUCGGAGGUCCAGUACGACCGUAUCAUGGGUUACAUCCAGAGCGGCAAAGAGGAGGGUGCAACGCUGCACCACGGAGGUAACCGCAUUGGAGAGGAGGGUUACUUCAUCCAGCCAACGAUCUUCACGGACGUGAAGCCGCAUAUGAAGAUCGUGCAAGAAGAGAUCUUCGGGCCUGUUGGCGUCAUCAUCAAAUUCAAGGACGAGGAUGACAUCAUCGCUCAGGCAAACGACACAGUGUACGGUCUGGCGGCUGCGGUCUUCACAAGAGAUAUCUCGAAGGCGAUCAAAACCGCGAACCGUCUAAAAGCGGGCACCGUCUGGGUCAACUGCGCGAACUUCUUGCACCCCGCUGUGCCGUUCGGCGGCUACAAACAGAGUGGUAUCGGAAGAGAAUUGGGCGAGUACGCGUUGGCGAACUAUACGCACGUCAAGUCUGUUCAAGUCAACCUGGACCUGAAGAUGUAGAGAGUUUGUCG